GCUCCUCCUUCCUACAAUUCGGUUCCGCUGUAGCUGUCAAUUAAAACUGUGCGCUUAUAACUGCGAGUUGCACACUUCUGUAAGCAGUUUUAUUAGACCGAUAAGCACGCACCAUGUUUGCCCUUUUGAAAAAAGUCAGCAAUAGAGGUGUUAGUGUUUUCGAAACUUCGCUGUUGAAGAACAGUAUUUCAGAAAUAUCUUCCUUGACUCGAGCAGCACGUCAAACUUCUGUGUGCGGUGGCGAAAACCUUGCUAAUUCAGCACCAAGCAGAGAUCUCAAAAGAGGAUUCUCGGAGAAAAGGCCUUAUAAUGUUCCUCCAAGUUCCGAAUUUGUUGCCAGGGUUUCUGGAAUUGCUACAAUGGCAAAGUUGCCUUACCAAGAAUCUGCAGAGGGACUUGACGCUGCGUUUGUUGGAGUCCCAAUCGACACGGGUACUUCUAACCGACCUGGGGCAAGGUUUGGUCCACGACACAUCCGGGCAGAGUCGGCCAUGUUGAGGCCGUGCAACGCGGGCACAAGGGCAGCUCCAUACGAGUCCUUGAUGGUGGCGGAUAUCGGCGAUGUAAACGUAAACCUGUACGACCUGAAGGACACCUGCAAACGGAUCCGCGAGGCUUACCGCAAGAUCGUAGCCACAAAGUGCAUCCCGUUAACAAUGGGUGGUGAUCACACCAUAGCAUACCCGAUUCUUCAAGCUGUUGCUGAAAAAUACGGUCCCGUGGGCCUGAUCCAUGUAGACGCCCACGCCGACACCGGUGACGUGGUUUUGGGGGAGAAGAUAACCCACGGGACCCCGUUCCGACGCUGCGUGGAGGAGGGGCUGCUGGACUGUCGGAGGGUGGUCCAAAUCGGCCUGCGUGGGACCGUCUACACCCCGGAUGGCUACCACUGGAGCCGUGAACAGGGCUUCCGUGUCGUGCAGGCGGAGGACUGCUGGCACAAGUCGCUGUCUCCCCUCAUGGCUGAAGUCAGGAAGCAGAUGGGAGAGGGCCCCGUCUAUCUCAGCUUCGACAUCGACGCCUUGGACCCCGGCUUUGCUCCUGGCACCGGCACGCCCGAAAUCGGUGGGCUCACUCCCAUCCAGGGACUGGAGAUAGUCCGUGGCUGUCGAGGCCUGAAUCUCGUUGGCUGUGACCUGGUGGAGGUGUCACCAGCCUAUGACACCACAGGUAAUACUGCUCUGACUGCUGCUAACCUGCUAUAUGAAAUGAUGUGUGCCCUUCCAAAGAUAAAAUGCUACUAAAGUAGUAUGCUAACGAUACGCUCAAGAUUUCAUUGCACAGUCAUACAAAAUCUGAAAAUUCUAAGCUUCCAUAAAUACCCUUACAUUACAAUUUAUCGUAAAACGAAAUUCAUCUUAAAAUGACACAUAUCGGCAAAGCAGUCCAAUGAAGCGACAUGAAUGGGCGACAGAAUUUGAGAUGUAAAAAAUAAUAUGUAAA